AUGGCCCAAAAUCUGGAAUCCAACUUCUCCAUCAGAAAUUUGUUGGCAGGACCAGAUGGCACCAACCCAGCGCUGACACCACCACCAUCCGAUGGGUCUCUAUCGCCCAACAUUUCCAUGUCGUCGAAUGAAGAUAAUAAUGGAAGUCGCCCGAACUUGACUUAUAGUGCGUUGGUGACAAUGGCGAUACGAAGCAGUCCUGAAGGCAAACUGACGUUGAAUGCAAUACAAAGUUGGAUUAGUGAGAACUUCCCUUAUUACAGGAAGGAUGAGCAAGGCUGGCAGAACCAAAUACGGCAGACGCUAAGCACGAAUUCAUGCUUCCUUAAGGUGCCAAGAGCGUUGGACGACCCUGGACGUGGAAACUAUUGGGCGUUGAGUUCUGAAUUACCAGCAGUUCGUACUGUCGGCUCCAAAUGCGGUUUACUUCCCCACGAGGUACAAGGAGUCCAUCAGACUCAAUUAGUGCAGGCGCUACAUGAGCAGCAUGCUUGGUAUCAGUAUCACCUCCAACAAACACUACUAUUGCAGCAACAAUUGUUUAUACUGCAACAACAACAGGCUCAGCAACACUAUCAGGACGUAUACCAGAAACUAAUGUUCCACCAACAACAAGUCGAGUUUCUGACUUCGCAGCAAAUAUCCACAUAA